AUGAAUGAAGAAAAUCAAUCCUCUGUCCUAGAGUUCAUCCUCCUUGGAGUUACUGGUCAGAAAAAACAGGAAAAUUUCUUCUUCAUCCUCUUCCUCUUCAUUUACCCCAUCACAGUGACUGGAAACCUGCUCAUCAUCUUGGCCAUUCACGCAGACAGUCGCCUUCACAAUCCCAUGUAUUUUUUCCUUGCCAACCUCUCCUUUGUUGACAUCUUCUUCUCAUCUGUAAGCAUCCCUAAGAUGUUAAUCAACCAUCUCUUGGGUAGUAAAACCAUCUCCUUUGAAGGAUGCCUAACACAGAUGUAUUUCAUGAUAUCCUUGGGAAACACAGACAGCUAUAUUUUGGCUGCAAUGGCAUAUGAUAGAGCUGUGGCCAUCAGUCGCCCACUUCAUUAUGUAACAAUUAUAAGCCCACGGUCUUGUGUCCUACUGGUUGUUGGGUCUUGGGUGGUUGCAAAUGCUAAUGCCCUCCCCCACACUCUGCUCACAGCAAGACUGUCUUUCUGUGGCAACAACAAAGUAGCCAAUUUCUACUGUGACAUCACCCCUUUACUCAAGCUGUCCUGUUCUGACAUCCAUUUUAACGUGAAGAUGAUGUACCUAGGGGUUGGUGUUUUCUCUGUGCCAUUACUAUGCAUCAUUAUCUCCUAUAUUCAUGUCUUUUCCACAGUCUUACGAGUUCCAUCCACCAAGGGUGUGCUCAAAGCCUUCUCCACCUGUGGAUCCCACCUCACAGUAGUUUCUUUGUAUUAUGGGACAGUCAUGGGCAUGUAUUUCCGUCCUCUUACCAGUUACAGCCUGAAGGAUGCAGUGAUAACUGUGAUGUAUAUGGCAGUGACCCCAAUGUUAAAUCCUUUCAUCUAUAGUCUGAGAAACCGGGACAUGAAGGCAGCUCUAUAUAAACUCUUCAGCAAGAAAAUAUCCUCACAACCAGUAUGA